AUGUUCCAGGAGGAGGUUCUUGGAGAAAAGGACCUGGAGAUGCUCAUUGGCGCUGCGGAGAACUAUGUUGAAGACCUUGAGGAGAUCUAUCAUCUCAUGCCCCAGGAGAACCAGAACCGCGUCGAUCUGAUGGAGGUGUGCGGUCCGGCAGAGAGCGCUCUGUCGGGAACAUUUGAGAAGAAGGGGGCGAAGAUCUUCCGAGUGGGUUUGCCGGACUACGACAUGAGCACCAGGGUGGGCUUCCAGAAAGUGCGAGAAGAGAGAUGGAGGCUUAAGCCCCGAAUGAUGCGGAUGUCGUUGCCCUGCGGGCCGUACUCACCAAUUCAGCAGGUCUUCAACGAAAAGUCAGAGGAACAGUGGUUCAAGAGCAUGAUGCAGAAGAAGAAGAGCAGAAGGAUGAUCCGGCAUGGUCUACAGCUGGUACGAGACCAAGUACUUGAUGGCGGAGACUAUGCUUGGGAAUGGCCAAGAGUGAAUGGCGGCUGGUGUUUGCCAGAGGCGCGAGGCUUCUUCGAGGAGAUGGAGGCGCAAGGAAAACUCUAUGUGGCAAAGCUGGACGGCUGCACCGUGGGAGUGAAGUCCGAAACGGGCAGGCCGAUGAAGAAGCCGUGGACGAUAAAGACAAGCCUCAUUGGUCUGGCAAACGCUCUACGACGACGAUGUCCGGGAGAUCAUGACGAACGCUUGGGUGGAGGACGCGCGGAGAAGAGCGGUUACUACCCGAGGCAGAUGCACUCAGAGUUUGAGACGUAUCCUGUUCUGGAGGCAAAGGAGCAGGUGGCGAGCACGGAGAUGACAAAAGACGAGCGGAAGAAGGCGGCGGUGCUACUGGAUCGACUACAUCGACGUACGGGACAUCCGUCAAACAGGGCUUUGGCGGCAUGCCUCAAGCACCGCGGAGUGAAACCAGAAGUGGUGAAGCUGGCGCUUCAUCAUCAGUGCUCGGACUGUCAGGAGAUGCGGCUAGCUGAUGCCACUCCAGCGGUUUCGCUUCAGAGGAGCAAUACCUUGUGGCAAUGCAUGCUGAUGGACGGCGCUGACGUGAAGUAUGGAGACCAGGUGGUGCACAUUCAACCGCAGAAGAAGUUGUUCGGGCGGACCGAGGUGGAGCUGAUGCCUUGCGCUGCGGAAGCUCGCGGUCAGAUCGGAGAGGUGGAGUCGCUCAUCCGGAAGGUCAAGCAGCAGGACGCGCGGGUCAUGCUGAACAGCCAGAGCUGUGAAGAUCCAACUUCAGCGGUGGUGGCGGUGACUGCAGCUCACAACCAGCUGGAUCGGGCGCAAGGUUUCUCGCCGGGUGCUGGGAAGGCAGUUCACUCUGGCGGGGAGGUUUUUUGA